AUGAGCAGUGAGGCCGACUUGAAGAAACUCCGGGUCGCGGAGCUUCGAGAUGAGUUAGCCAAGCGCGGCCUGGACACCAAGGGGGUGAAGGAUGACCUGGUGGCGCGACUUGCCGCGGCGAUGGAGGCGGAGGCGGCUGAGGGCGGCGCGGAGGAGGCAGCCCAAGAGCAGCCUGCCGCACAGGCGCCAGCUGCCGCGGAGGCAGCGACGGGAGAGCAGGAGGAGCCCGCUCCCGCUGCAGCCGAGGACGGCGCGGCAGCCGCCGGCGAGGAGGCCGCGCCGGCCCCCGCGGCUGGCGCCGACGCGGCGGCACCCGCGUCCGCGGCUGGCGCGCAAGAGCCCAAGCUGACCGAGGCCGAGAAGGCCCGGCUGCGGGCUGCGCGGUUCGGCAUGCCGGUGGUGGCGGACAAGAAGAAGGAGGGCGGCGGCGGCGGGGAGAGCGUGAUUGGCGGGCUGGGCCAGGUGGACAUGAAGGAGGAGAUUGAUCGGCGCAAGAAGCGCGCCGAGCGGUUUGGCAUGCCGGUGCCAGUGCUCAAGGAGGAGGAGGACCUGAAGAAGAAGCAGCGCGCGGAGCGGUUUGGGCUCAAGGUGCCGCUGAGCAAGGAGGAGUUUGAGGCCAAGAAGAAAGAGCGGGCUGAGCGGUUUGGGGGCGGGCCCGCGGCGGAGGCGAUGAAGUCUGGGAUGACAGAGGAGCACAAGAAGAAGCUGGAGGAGAGGGCCAAGCGCUUCGGCAUGAUCGCCAAGUGA